GUCACCCAUUCUCAGCCAUCUUGUUGAAACGGAGAGAGCCACACAACUCGAAUACAAACCCUGUGCUGUCAGUAAAAGCAGAGAAGUUCUAGGAAGAAUGGCAGAAACUCAGACACUCAACUUCGGACCAGAAUGGCUCCGGGCCCUGUCUGGGGGUGGCCAUGGGGGUGGUAGCAGCAGUAGCGUUGCCACCUCACCACCUCUCUCGCCUGCAUUGCCAAAGUAUAAACUUGCGGACUACCGCUACGGGAGAGAAGAAAUGCUAGCACUUUAUGUAAAGGAUAGGGAGAUCCCUGUAGAUCUACAUGAUAAGGAUUUUCUGCCAAUUUUACAAGAGGAGCCCCUGCCACCACUGGCACUUGUAGCUUUUACAGAGGAAGAGCAGAGAAAUUUCUCCAUGUCUGUAAACAGUGCAGCGGUGCUCAGGCUGAUGGGAAGAGGAGUGGGUCCAGUGGGGCCAGGGGCACCGAGGGGUCGAAGUACUUCACGGGGCAGAGGACGGGGUAGAGGAGACGGAGGGUUUUACCAAAGAAGUUUUGAUGACGUGGAGGGAGGCUUUGGCCGCGGAGGCAGGGAGAUGCACCGCUCCCAGAGCUGGGAGGAGAGUCAUGCUGAGUCUAUUUUCUCCCCAUCUAGGGGAGACAGAAGGUUUGAAAAGCCAGGUCGAAAAGAGUCAGACGUUGCUCCUGCCCACUUCCCGAUGAAUCAUAUCCGUGCUAACUACGAGGAGGUUGGGACCGGCAUGGGGGGCCUGCCUGUGAGGAAGCACGAUUUUACACGAUCGGAGAGUGAGAACUGGCGUACGUCCCGCGACGAAGUGAAUGGUGAGGACGGUGACGAGGGGGGCUGGCGCCUGGCGGGUGCCCCACGACGGGACAGCGACCGGUGGUGCCCCCCGAGUCCAGACGGGCUGCGGUCGGCAGGGCGGCGAGAGGCGCACCCGGGGGAGCAGCCACGGCAGCGCCGGUUCCCGUUCGACGCCAGAGAGGACGAGCGUGGCUACAGGCGUCCCAGGUCGGGCAGCGGCAGCCUGGAGGAGGAUGGUGGUAGCCUGCCAGAGUGGUGCCUGGAGGACGCUGAGGAGGAGACGGGCACCUUCGAUUCCUCCGGAGCCUUCCUCUCGCUCAAGGUCCGAAAAGCUCCCAAGGAGCCCAUCCUGGAGGAGGCAGAGCUGGACUUCAGACCCCUGGAGGAGUGUGAUGAGGGCCUGGAGGAGGACAGACAGCCCCGGGAGACCAAAGACUCAGACGGAGAGGCAAGGAGAGAGCCCGACAGAAAACAGGAUGUGGGGAGAGGGGUAGAGGAGGCGCCGCCUGCUCCCUCGACUCCAGAGCCCCAGCCACCCGCCCCUCUGCUGCCCCCCAGCCAGCCCGACAGAGCAGAGGAGCCUGAGAGGCCACUUGAGCGGCCCCCAGCCCCCGAACACAGGCCAGAGGCCAACAAAGUCCCCCUGCACGUCCCCAUGUCGAUGCCCAUGUCCAACACAAUGCUGGAGUCCCUCCCCAUCCCCCACACUGCAGCACACACUCUCACAGUGUCUCCAGUGUCGGCCCCGUCGUCCACCAUCCAGAUGCAGCAGAAGCCCCUGGACGUGCCCGUGGCUAUGCCGGCCACGCUGCCCUUCAGCGCCAGCCUCAUGGCCCAGAGCACAUCUAUCAUGGCCCCUAACAUUAUGGCCCCCAGCACGCCCAUUGGAAGGCCCACGGUCAUGCCGCCACACCACACCAUGGAUGAAGAUGAGAGACUGAAGCACUUUGAACAGGAGGCAGAGAAGAUGGUGGCGUAUCUACAGGACAGUGACGACCGGCUGGCUGCCAAGAGCUCAGUACACAAACCAGCUGGCCUGCCGCUCACACACGAGGCUGCUCUGAAGUGGUUUUAUAAAGACCCCCAGGGAGAGAUGCAGGGUCCAUUCAGUAACCCGGAGAUGACGGAAUGGUUCCAGGCAGGCUACUUCACCAUGACCCUGCUGGUGAAGAGAGGCUGUGACGAGGUCUUCCAACCCCUGGGGGAGAUCAUCAAAAUGUGGGGCAGGGUCCCCUUCGCCUCCGGACCAGCACCGCCACCCUUACUGGGUGACGCUGGGGACCAGGAGCGUCUGAAACUGCAGCAGGAGCUGACGGCCCUCAACCUGUACCAGCUGCAGCAGCUGCAGUACCAGUACCUGUUGAGGCAGCAGUACGCCCAGGCCCUGGCCCAGCAGAAAGCCCAGGCACUAAACUCAGCACCACACCAGCAGCAGCAGCAACAGCAACAGCAGAUAAACCUGCUCCUCCAGCAAUACCAGGCCCUCAAGAUGAGGUCAGCGGAACACACAACAUCUGAGAGUCUCUUACCUCCUGUGACGCGGUCCAUGUCUGUACCAGACUCCCAGGGUUCUGUGUGGGAAAUGCAGAACCCCUCCUCUCAGGCCUCUUGCACACCAAACAUCCAGCAACCUGCCCCCAGUGCGUGGGAGGGCAGCAGUGUGUGGGAUCUGCCCAUAGACUCCAUGGCCCAGGCCCCCACCAUAGAACAGAUGCAACAGCUGGAGAAGAACAAGGCUGCUAAGGUCUCUCCUCCUCAUCAACUGGAGCUGGAGCGGCGUGAGGCGGAGCUGAGAGCCAAGAGGGAGGAGGAGGAGGAGGAGGAGGAGGAGAGGAAAAGACUGGAGGAAGCGUUACGGGCCCGACAGGAGGAGGAACGCAAACGCGUGGAGGACGAGCUAGCACGUCAUAAACAGGAGGAGGAGUUGAGGAGGCAGCGGGAGCAGGAGGAGGCACAGCGCAGACAGAUGGAGGAAGAGGAGCGGCAGGCACAGGAGGAGGCCCUCCGCAGACUGGAGGAAAGAAGGCGGGAGGAGGAGGAAGAGCGGAAGCAAAGGGAAGAGUUCCUCCGUAAACAGGAGGAGGAGCGCCGGAAGCAGGAGGAGCUGGAGGCCCUGAGGAGGCGCGAGGAGGAGAAGCGGCUGGAGGAGGAGGAGGCCGCGGUGGCAUUGGCACGGCAACAGCAGGAGGAGGCGAAGAGGAGGGAGCAGGAGGCGGUGAGGCAGCAGGAGCUAGCCAGACAGAGGCAGCAGCUGCAGGAGGCGCUCCGCCGACUACAGCAGCAACAGCAGCAGCAACAGCUAGCCCAGAUGAAGCUGCCGUCGUCCUCUAAGUGGGGCCAGCAGUCAGCAGUCACGGCAGCAGCCAUCUCCCAGUCCCAGAACGCCCUGUCGCUCGCUGAGAUCCAGAAAGUGGAGGAGGAGAGGGAACGACAAGCACGAGAGGAGCAGCGGCGCCAGCUAGCAGAGCACCUGAAGCUCCAGCAGCAGCAGGCCCUGCAGGAGUCCCUGCAGCCCCAGGCCAAGCUCUCUGGUUGGGGCAGCGUGGCCAAGCAGCCGGCCACCACCAAGUCCCUGCUGGAGAUCCAGAGGGAGGAGGCCCAGCAGGUGAAGCAGAGGAAGGAGCAGGGGGGUGGGGGCCAGCAGCCCAGUCACCCCACCGUCACCCAGCAGAACCGCGCCCAGAACAGAGCUGUGAGUCACUCGUUGGCCACUGCUCUGAGUUCCUCAGUGUGGGGCUCGGUGGCCACCAGCAGCGUGGGAGGCGGGGCUCCUAACUGGGGCGGGGAAAGUAGCAGCAUCUGGGGCGACAGCACCAACUCCAACAUGGGCUUCUGGGACGAGGCGGCCCAGCCCCCGCCACAGGCCCCACCCCCCGCCAGGAAGCCCAGCGCUCAGAAGAACAACAAGGCAAACGCCAACCUCAGCAGUAGGGCCAAUAAGAAGGUGGAGGAGGAGGAGAAGCUGCUGAAGUUGUUCCAGGGGGUUAAUAAGAGCCAGCAGGAUGGCUUCAUGCAGUGGUGUGAGCAGACCCUGCACACCCUCAACACCGCCAACAACCUGGAUGUCCCGACAUUUGCGUCUUUCCUGAAGGAGGUGGACAGUCCGUACGAGGUGCACGACUACGUGCGCGCCUACUUGGGGGACACGUCUGAGGCCAAGGAGUUUGCCAAGCACUUCCUGGAACGCCGUGCCAAGCAGAAGGUCAACCAACAGAAAGAGCCCCAGGUCCCACAGAACCAGCAGCCGACUCUCAAGCAACGACCGCAACAGCAGUGUGACUCCAUUUCCCAGGAUUCAGUGUGGAGCGGGACGGGCUCUCAGUCUCUGUACCAGUCGAACCACACCAGCCUCCAGCAGCAGUCACGUUUCGAGACAGUCACCUCAGGGAAGAAGAAGAAAAAGCAGAAGAUGGUCCGGGCAGACCCCAGCCUGCUAGGUUUUUCUGUGAAUGCGGCAUCUGAGAGGUUUAACAUGGGCGAGAUAGAGACGGUGGAGGACUUUUAAAGGGACUGCUUUGCUGCCAAUCCCACUGACUAUAUCCGUUUUGAACAGCUGUCAUUUUACCCGCCCCCUCUCCCCGUCCCUUUUACUUUUAUUUUUUGAAACUGCAUCCUCUUUCUGUUCUGUUGAAGUUAAUUUAAUGUUUGUCAUUGGAAGCUGGGGAUGCUUUCCAGUGCCAAAGGACCCCCAAAAAAACAUCCCUAAUGAGUAUUUUGCCCUAUGGGAGAGCGGGAGAAGGUUAACGAAGCAGCCAGACAAUCAAACGGAACAUGCAAGCAAUGAAACAUUGACCAAAAAAAUCUAUCAAUUUAAUUCUGACUUCUCCCGGAGAAGAGAGCAGAGCUAAGGGGAUGAGGAGGAUAUGGAUGUCUCUCCCUGUCUAUGGUCAGCUGUUCAGUUCCCUCCUAGUCUCUGGUGUCUGAAAGUACCCAAAAGAGAGACCAUUUCCUGAUGCAAUCAUCUCCCCAUGGAAUUUUUUUACGCAUGGACUAAAGAGCGGGAAUGCG